AUGUCGACCUCGUCGGAGACGAGACUGGCUCCAUUGAACUCGAGAACGAACCUCCCACACCUGUUGGUCAACGUCGCUACCAAGCGUACAAGCUCAGCGUCGGUUGAGCGCAUGUCCAAUAUAAAGAAUGCCGCCCUCGACCUCAGCCUCUUCCUUCCGUCCCUCGAAGGCAAGCUAACACACUCUGUCGCUGCCACCAGCAAACAACCUGCAAUUGACAAGACGACCCCUCAUCCGCGCUCUCUAGCCGCUUUGGAAAAGCUCGAGCCCUGCUACAGCUGGCUCGCAUCUCACUUACACAACCCAUACCCCACCCGUGAAGAGCGCGAAGCUCUGGCCCGGGAAUGUGACCGCACCAUGCCAGCCAUCACAGCCUGGUUUGUCACCGCACGCCAGCGAAUCGGCUGGUCUCAGCUGCGCGCAACACGCUUCAGUCGCUCACAGAUUCUCAUGGUCGCCGCUGCCUCUCGCUUCUGGCCUGAACGUGACACCACCCGACCGUUGCCGCCUGAUCUUGAACUUCGCUUCGCCGAGAUCGAGGCGAACGUCAAGUCCCUCUACACCAAUUCCCUUCAGCCAAGUGAUACUCUCGUUCGCCUUCUGAAGAACGAGAACCGUCCAACGAACGCCAAGGAGCCAUCUCGUCGAAGCGCCUCCGAGAGUAACAUCUCCAAGAAGCGUCGCUCCGAAGAUGCCGACCUUGACGUGAACAGGCCUACGAAGCGCAGGUCUGUCUCUAACGACUCCCCGAAAGCUUCGUCCGGUCGCGCAUCGCGUGUGCGACCGUCGCCCCCUUCCGCAUCUGGACCGAUGAAGACCACACCAUCGGUUGCCUCCUCUCUUGCUCUCACCAUCUCACCUACUCAGCCAACCCAGCCCACAUUCGGGGAGCCGUCUCUGCAAUCCACCUCACCUACGUCUUCGUUGAAGCGGUCCCGCUCCGUAGACGAUGCGUCUCCGGACGCCAAGCGUCGUCGAGUUCUGCCUGAAUGGCGCGACCCCCGGUCUUCUCAGGCUGGGACCCGUAGGGGCGUCCGCGCGUCGGAUGGUCCGCACUCUUCAGCAUCCUGUCGAUCGAUAUCAUCGCAAUCUCCCAAGGAUCGCAACGGUCGAAGCCAUGGCGGUCGUCGGACCGUAUCGGCGCCCGUUGCCCCUCAUCCUGCACCUAGUGCUUUCAUAGACGAGUUGGCGUGGCCCUCCGUCUUGUCUCUCCCCACUUCCACCCCUCAACAACCUGAAACUACCUUGCUCUCGCCAUGUAACGACAACCUCGAUUUCUGGAACCUUUUACCCUCCGGACUUGACGCCGACAUCCCUGUUUUAGCCUCCAACGAUAUCUCCUACAACUCACCGCCGUCCGGCAAAGCAUCUGAACCUUUCGUGGACGUAUCAUCUUCGUUCGACCCCAUCGUGAUGUCUCCCACAUCGUCUACCUCCUCUCCUCCGGGGUCCGCGCCCAUAACACCACCGACGCUCAUCCCUCAGCUGACGGGCGACAGCAUCAUCGACCUUGGCACGGACCCGUGGGGCGGCCUCUUCGGUCGUUCCGACUUCACAUGCGACUCCUUCCCCGACCUGUCGGCGCCGAGCAGCUCCGAUAUCGACUUCCUCAGCAUGCUGGCCGGCGACAAGCCAUUGUGCGGAGACGACUACAGUCUAGACGACUUCCUCCACCCUUGCGGUUGGUGGGAGACGCGUGUCGACACCCUUCCUAGGAACAACGUAGCCCCCAUCGCAACCGCCGCCGUCGCCGAGCGACCAGGAAAACGCGCCCUACCUACCGAGAACGAGUCCCUGGACUCUGCCCCGCCUAAGCGCCGUAGGCUCACCCCUGCGGCUGCUUGA